AUGAAAGAUUUGGGUUCUCUACGAUAUUUCUUGGAUAUUGAGGUAGCCUUCUUACCCAGAGGUUAUCUUCUUUCUCAGUCGAAAUAUGUUGCAGAUAUUCUUGAGCAGGCAAGACUUACUGAUAAUAAGAUUGUUGAUACUCCAAUUGAGGUUAACGCGAAGUAUUCUUCUUCUGACGGUUUACCUUUGUCAGAUCCUACUUUAUACCGUAUUAUUGUUGGGAGCUUGGUAUAUCUCACUAUUACUCGUCCAGAUAUUGCAUAUGCUGUUCAUAUUGUUAGUCAGUUUGUUGCUUCUUCCACUACAGUUCAUUGGGUAGCUGUUCUUCGCAUUUUGCGAUAUCUUCGGGGUACAGUCUUUCAGAGUCUGUUACUUCCAUCCACCUCCUCCUUGGAGCUGCGUGCAUACUCUGAUGCUGAUCAUGGCAGUGAUCCCACAGAUCGCAAGUCUGUUACUGACUUCUGUAUCUUUUUGGGUGAUUCUCUUAUUUCUUGGAAAAGCAAGAAACAAUCUAUUGUUUGUCAAUCUUCCACCGAAGCAGAAUAUCGUGCUAUGACAUCUACUACUAAAGAGAUUGUUUGGUUACGUUGGUUACUUGCAGAUAUGAGAGUUUUUCUUUCUCAUCUCACUCCUAUGUAUUGCGACAACCAAGGUUCUAUUCAGAUUGCUCACAACUCGAUUUUUCAUGAACGAACUAAGCACAUUGAGAUCGAUUGUCAUCUUACUCGUCAUCAUCUCAAGCAUGGCACAAUUACUUUGCCCUUUGUUUCUUCUUCUUUACAGCUUGCAGAUUUUUUUACCAAGUCGCAUUCUAUUUCUCGUUUUCGUUUUCUAGUUGGCAAACUCUCGAUGCUUGCAGUUGCCGCAUCGAGACCAAAUACGUCUUCCCCUCAUACAAUGAGGCCUACGAGAGACCAAACCCGUCUCUCCCUUACACAAGCCCGUAUCUUCGUGACUGUUGGGCUUGAGGACAACCCCAACAGAAUAAACUCGUGUGUUACUUUUUGUUAUGCAUGUGAAACUUUCUUUAUGUUUGACAUGAUUAGUGCACUUCCUCAAUACUUGAAUGAUCUGCAAAUCGAUAAUGUUACAUAA